CCAACACACGCCGGACCGGAUGCUUGACGAAAACUAAUAAUUGUGUGCGCCUGUAGCAGGAAGGUGUUGGGAAAUCCCUACAGUCUGAAGAAUAUAAAAUGACAGCCCAUCGCAAAGACAAGGCAACUCCUCCUGGCCCUGCCAGCCCUCAGCAUCAGUGGAAACUCAACAAGUGCUUCCCAGCAGCGCGACAUGCCCUCUUCACUAAACGCGUACUCGCUCUCUGCAGUGAUGCUGUGCGCUCUGCUGCUGUGCGCUCCCGGAGCUCCAGUUGAAGACGCGCCCACCGACAACCCGGCAGGUGACCCCUCAGGUGAGGAAGAGGAGGUGUCUUCUGACCUAGUGAGCAACUCCCCGGUCUGGGACUCGAUCAUCGGCGCAACCAAACGCCACAAGGAGGAGUUUGAAAAUGAAUUCAAAAAGGAUGUGGUGAAAUAUAUUUUUCUGGAGCACUACAAAUUCCCCUCCCUUCCAGCUCUCUGCCCUCACUUUAACUUCAGCAAGGAGGCUUGUCUCCACAGGAUGGUUCACGGCCUGCUUGUUUACACAGUUCUUCUCAAGUACGUGGAGAAGGAGAACCCCGGCAACUCCAUCUGCUCAGAGGUCAGAUACUACAGCGGCCUCCUAAUCAACCUGAUCAAAGGAAAGAUGAGAAACCGUGAACAGGUCACAGCGCUGAGCAGCAGCCAGGAGGCGCAGCUGCUCAGGGACCUCGACAACCCCGACCAUUUCCACAGAAAGAUGACAGCACACAACAUCCUGCGCCAGAUCCACUACUUCCUCAUAGACGGCAAAAGGGCGAUUACUAAAAAGGAGAACAGACGUUUGGCCUUCAGGACUGGGACACCCAUCCCUUUAAAUGUUGAAAAGAUGAGUACUCAAAAAUGAGUUAUGAAGGAAUACCUCAGGGAAAGUGGGUGAGGGUAACUCCGCUACAGUUUUC